GUGGGUAACCACAUAGACAUCCUGUCUAAGAAGUGGGUGGCCCAGGAUGCCGGUAUCGGAGCCGGGGUCGACUCUUACUUUGAGUAUCUGGUGAAAGGAGCCAUCAUGCUGCAGGAUGAGGAGCUGCUCACCAUGUUCCUGGAGUACGAUCGAGCCAUUCAGAACUACACCCGAUUUGACGACUGGUACCUGUGGGUCCAGAUGCACAAAGGAACCGUCUCCAUGCCUGUUUUCCAGUCUUUGGAGGCCUUCUGGCCCGGCCUGCAGUCUCUCCUGGGGAACCUGGACAGUGCAGUGCGAACUUUCCAGAAUUAUUACUCAGUGUGGAGACAGUUUGGAGGUCUACCUGAGUUUUACAGCAUCCCUCAGGGUUACACUGUGGACAAGAGAGAGGGAUACCCACUGAGACCAGAGUUAAUAGAGAGCGCCAUGUACCUGUUCAGAGCGACAGGUGACCACACCUACCUCCAGCUGGGCCUCGAUGCUCUGGAGUCCAUAGAGAGGAUCGCCAAGACGCCCUGCGGAUACGCCACUGUUAAAGACCUGCGAGAUCACCAGCUGGACAAUAGGAUGGAGUCUUUCUUCCUCGCCGAAACCGUCAAGUACCUCUACCUGCUCUUUGACCCUGCCCACUUCCUGCACGGCGGGGGGAGCGAGGGGGACGGGUCCUGGGAGGAGGGAGGUGAGUCGGGAGAGUGCGUUCUAGGGGCGGGGGGGUUCAUCUUCAACACGGAGGCUCACCCUCUGGAUCCGGCGGCGCUGUACUGCUGCAGCCGCCACGCCCAGGACCAGCAGGAGCUCCAAGACAUCCUCCUCAGCCUAUCGCAGCCCGCGGGAAAGUCCAGCCGCCAAUCAAAGCCGCCCGCUAAACAGACAGAUGGCCCCCUGCCCGGCCAAUCAGAGAGCAUUGCACUGAAACCGGGUGAGAAGAAGACGCCCCCCCUGCUGACCUGCCCCGUUCAGCCGUUCAGAUCUCGACUCUCCGUCCUGGGACAAGUUUUCACCGAUAACAACUGACGCCCCCCGUCCUGGAUCACACGGUGUUUGAUCGGUUGCUUUUUAUUAAGACGGAGCUCGCUGGUAGCUCACCUGGUACAGGCUGAAGGCGCUGGUUCGAGUCCGACCUGUGGCCCGUUGCUGCGUGCCCUCCUCUCUCUCUUUCUACCCAUUUCCUGUCUAUCUUGAGCUGUGCUAUCAAAAUAAAGGCAAAAAACAUACAAAAAAACCCGUUUUAUUCAGACAAACAACCAUCAGGAUCAUAUUGGAGUUAUGUGGUUCUAAUUUAAAGUUUAAGUUUAAUUUGUGGGGAAGAAAAUCCGAUUUAGGACCAUCGAUAAAGCUUUUUGUUUGUUGUUGUGACGAAGGCUCUCAGGACCAAGAACUCAAGCUGUGUUGACAACUGAAGGUGAAAUAUAUUUUUAUUUAUUAGAAAUGUUUUUAUUUGUUUACUGGCAAUGUGUAGCUGCUGUCUUCAUUCUGACCAAAGUUGUAAAAAAUAAGAUUCUGAUAAAGUUUGACCAGAAGCUGC